AUGGGCAAGCGCAAGUCCUCAAGCAAGCCCAUGGGGCCCAAGAAGGGGGGCUCUGGGGCUUUUGCGCUCACACUAAUCCAGAAAGAUCCCCUUCCUACCACUUUCGCAUGCCUCUUCUGUAACCACGAAAACUCGGUCUCGGUCAAGCUCGACAAGAAGGCUGGUGUCGGACAACUCGACUGCCGUGUCUGCGGACAAAAAUUCCAAUGCGCAGUCAACUAUCUGUCUGCGGCGGUUGACGUUUACGGUGAAUGGGUUGACGCAGCAGAUGCCGUCGCCAAGGAGGAUAACGCGGAGCCUGGCUACACUGGCACAUCUCAAGCAGGAGCUGGACGAGGUAACCGAACGGCGGUCGAUGAAGACGACGACGAGCACUACGGAGAGGAUGACUAUUAA